UACAUAUAUAAAAUUUGUUCACUAAACAUUUGGCAGCAAAAACAAGAACCAUGCUGGAGAAUCUAUGGAUUCUCUCUUCAAUUCUUUUCCUCUUCUUCACAAUCUUCCUCAUCAAAUGGAAUUUCUUCAAUCCAAAAACCCAUAAAAACUCGCCUCCAUCACCACCAACCUUCCCGAUACUUGGAAACCUUCACCAAAUUGGCUUAUACCCUCACAGAUCCCUCCAAAAGCUAUCUCAUCAGUACGGUCCUCUCAUGCAGCUUCACUUUGGAAGCAGACCAGUACUCAUAGUCUCAUCAUCGGACGCUGCUCGCGAGGUCAUGAAAACCCAUGAUCUAAUCCUCUCAUACAGGCCCGAAUUCUCAGUAGCCCGUAGACUUCUCUACCAUGGAAAAGACAUAACCACAGCACCUUAUGGUGAGUAUUGGAGGCAGCUGAGAAGCAUAUGUUCACUCCACCUUUUGAGCAACAAAAGGGUUCAAUCUUUUAGAGCCGUUAGAGAAGAAGAAGUUGGCUUGCUUGUUGAGAAUAUCAAACGACAGUGCUAUUCACAGUCGUUGCCGGUGAAUCUGAGUGAUAUGCUUGCUUUCCUCACCAACGACGUGAUUUGCAGAGUCGCUUUAGGGAAAAAAUAUAGUAGAGAUGAAAAUGGCAAGAGAUUCAAGGAGUUGAUAAGCGAGUUGAUGAAGCUACUGGGUGGUUUCUAUAUUGGAGAUUGUAUUCCUUGGCUUGCUUGGAUUCACAGAGUCAAUGGACUUGACAAAGAAGUUGACAAAGUUGCUCAAGAAUUUGAUAAAUUUCUUGAUGGUGUAGUUGAAGAGCAUGAGAAUAAAUUUGACACAAAAGGGUUUGAAUUGAAUGAAGAUAGAAUGGAUUUGGUGGAUGUCCUGCUCCAAAUUCAGAGGGAUGAUAAAAUGCCUGGUUUUUCCAUUGAUAGAGAAAGUAUCAAAGCUGUUAUCUUGAAUAUGUUUGUUGGUGGAACUGAUACUACUUACACAGUCUUAGAAUGGGCAAUGUCUGAGCUCUUAAGGCAUCCAAGAGUUCUAAAGAAACUGCAAAACGAGGUGAUGGAAAUCAACAAUGGAAAACCAGACAUAAACGAAAACAAUAUUGAAAAAAUGCAUUACUUGAAAGCGGUUAUCAAAGAGACUCUUCGUUUAUAUCCUCCAAUACCAAUGCUAGUUCCUCGCAAAUCAUUUCAAGAUAUCAAUAUAAAUGGCUAUGACAUAGCAGCAGGGACAAUGAUUAUAACCAAUGCCUGGACACUCGGAAGAGACCCGAAGCUGUGGGAAGAAGCAGAGGAGUUUAAACCAGAGAGGUUCUUGGAUUCUUCAAUAGAUUUCAAAGGCCAAGAUUUCCAAUUCAUACCAUUUGGAGCUGGAAGAAGAGGUUGUCCUGGAACUUUGUUUGCCAUGGCCAUAGAUGAGGUUGCUUUGGCAAAUCUUGUACACAAAUUCAAUUGGGAAUUGCCUCAUGGAGUUAAAGCUCAGGAUUUGGAUAUGACAGAGUGCAUUGGUGCCAACAUCCAUAGAGAAGUUCCCCUUCUUGCUGUUCCAACUCCAAGAUUUUGAAAUUGGAAAAAGCCUUUGUUACUUGUUAUUGUGAAGCUUUUCCUUAAUGUUUGUCUAGGUAAUCCUCCGUUGGUCUAAGCUUUCUAUACCUAUAUAUAUAGCAGUCCAUUUCUGAUGCUGAUGUCCCUAGUUUAUUAAAAUGCCAACACCAUCCAUAGAGAAGUUCCCCUUCUUGCUGCUCCAACGCCAAGAUUUUGAUAUUGGAAACAGCCUUUGUUACUUGUUAUUGUGAAACUUUUCCUUAAUGUUUGUCUAGGUAAUCCUCUGUUGGUUUAAGCUUUCCGUACCUAUAUAUAUAUAGCAAUCCAUUUAUGA